CACGUAUUAAUUUCUAGGGUUUAUAUCAAAAACCCCACCCUCAUCUUCUUAUUGCAUCCUUUUCUUUUUGGUCUAAACACCAAACAGAAAAGUUGGGGCUAAUUUUAAGAAGUUGCAAUGAGGUUGGAAAAGUGCUGGUUUUGCUCCUCUACGGUGUAUCCUGGUCAUGGUAUCCAGUUUGUUCGUAAUGAUGCAAAGAUCUUUAGAUUUUGUCGUUCAAAAUGUCAUAAAAACUUCAAAAUGAAGAGGAAUCCACGAAAGGUGAAAUGGACCAAGGCUUAUAGACGUUUACAUGGCAAGGACAUGACUCAGGACACCACAUUUGAGUUUGAGAGGAAGCGUAACAGGCCAGAGAGGUAUGACAGAAACGUCACUGAGCAGACACUCAAGGCAAUCAAAGAGAUUGACAAAACUAGAAACCGCCGCGCGGCGAAACACAUUACGGAUAGGUUGAAAGCUGGAAUCAAGAAGAAACGUGUUGAAGAUAGAAAGGAACACGAGCAGCAACUCCACAUGGUUAUUGCUCCUGGUGCGAAGGAUUCAUCCAGGGCCAAGGACACAAGGGUCAUGGUCACGGUUCAACGUGAAUCUGAUAAUAAUCGAAUGGAAGAAUGAUUCUGAUUGCUUUUGAGCUUGUAUGUUAUUGCCUUGUAAACAACCUAUGUUUUUAGUAGUUGAAAGCUGAAACUAUGAAGAAUUAUUCGCAAGUUUUGACAUCCUAUGGUGUUUAAGUGUUAUUUGCUGUAUUUUUAUCUAAUUUUAAUUUUGUAUUACUACUUUAAAGUC